UUGGUCACAACUGUGGUAUUAAGACGGCUAUCUAGUUGUUGUAUAUAUCUAUGGUUUACACUUCAUAAUAGUUUAUCUUAAUUCUCGGCAUAAGUUACUUUAUAUAUAUAUAUUAUAUAGUUAUUAGUUUCUACUGCUCUGUCCGUACUCACUUAUCAGUAAUUUGUUCAUUUCGAGAGCGCCGGGCACAUUCUGCAUUUAAUUUUGUUUCUAAAAGACUUAAAACGUAAAGAAAAACUUAACGUUGAAUGUCAGUUUCCAACAUUCCGUCGUACCAAAGUUUUCAAAUUUCAUUAACAUUUCAUAUUUUACGAAUUGCUAAAAGUAGUAAAUACAUAUUAAAAUGUCUAUAAAGAGCUGUUUUUAUCGUUGCAGACUAAUAUUAUCUGUUAUAAGUUGUUUCAUCAUAUUUACUGUAGUUAUUCAUAAAUUGUAUUGUUAUAAUUUAAAAGACAAUUGUUUAACUUAUAAUACUCCAAUGGUUAUCAGUACGUGGGCGUUUACUAAUGCAACAACAAAAAGUUGGUCAGUGUUAAACAUGACAGGCACCGCAAUCGAUGCAGUUGUAGCUGGAUGUACAGUUUGUGAACAAGAGCAAUGUGACGGUACCGUUGGUUAUGGUGGAAGUCCUGAUGAAAAUGGAGAAACUUCUUUAGAUGCUCUUAUCAUUGAUGGAGCUACAAUGAAUAUGGGAGCUGUUGGGCAUAUGAAACGUAUCAAGUCAGCCUCUAAAGUAGCACGGCUUGUGAUGGAAAACACAAAACAUACUCUUCUUGUAGGUGAUGAAGCAACACAAUUCGCUAUACAGAUGGGCUUUAAAGAGACUAAUCUCAGCACAAUUGAGUCGUUAAACUUGUGGAAACAAUGGAAAUCUAAUAAUUGUCAGCCAAACUUUUGGACUAAUGUCAAUCCAGAUCCAAAAAUGUAUUGUGGGCCUUACAAACCAAAUUUGCUCAAAAAUUCAAAGCCUGAGCCAAAUCUUGUGGAUACAAAAAAUCAUGAUACUAUUGGAAUUAUUGCAAUUGACCAUGAACGUAAUAUUGCUGCUGGUACAUCUACAAAUGGUGCCAAAUUCAAAAUACCUGGAAGAGUUGGUGACUCUCCCAUUCCUGGAUCGGGUGCUUAUGCUAUGAACACCUAUGGUGCCGCUGCAGCAACAGGUGAUGGAGACAUACUGAUGCGUUUUUUACCAAGUUUCCAUGCAGUUCAAGCAAUGAAGAAUGGCCAUAAUCCAACAAAAGCAGCUCAAUUAGCUAUAGAUACGAUUUCCAAUUAUUAUCCAGACUUUAGUGGAGCAGUUAUUGCUGUUAAUAAGUAUGGAGAUUAUGGUGCUGCUUGUCAUGGAUUUGACAGAUUCCCAUACUCAAUCGCAAACCCUAAACACAAUAAAGUGUCCUUAUUAUAUAUCACAUGUACCAAAUCAAAAUCAUAAAACUAUAACCUAUGGUCAUCUUUAUAGAUCUAUCUUAUUUAUUCUUAAAUUAAGUUUUAAAUUUUGCAAUAUACUAUAAUAUUUCAAUCGGCGUAACUUAUUAUUAUAUUUUUGUUUGUCAUUUUCAUUGAUAUUUUUACACCUAUUUUAAUAAUAAAAUUAUAGUGAUGGACCAGUGUUGGUCUGAUAUAUGAUUGGGCCCUGGAAUGAUAAUUUUUGAUGAACUUCAAUGCCACGCAAUAAAGUUAUUUUGUUUUUAAUUGAAAAA